AUUGACACUGGGUCAGUAUUAUACUAGUGUCUUCUCCGCAAACAUCGGACAGUGUACGGUACGCACACACCAAACAUUACAAGUGUUUCCCUAGCACACAAGUUCGCGGCGCCUAUGGUGUUAAAUAAUUAGCAUACACGAUCGUCAGGUUUUUUUUUUAUACGAGUGCCGAACGAGGAUUUUAUAUGAUCGUCAAUUUGGAUCACACCGGACGCGCUAUGAAGAGAUACCUGAGGCACCAAGUGUACAUCGUCUUUUACGGGGCUUUGCUGUUUUUGCACAGUACUAGCGGAGAUGGGCUAGCCGGAGCAGAAAACAACGCCGCCGCUUUGCCGUUGGAGCACAGAUCCGGUGGCGGAUACGACGUGGGUCUGUCUCUGCCUUCGGGUCCUCUGCAAGGGCCCCACGACGAGGCAUGGCCGUUGCAGACCACUCCGGACGCCGCCAAAAUCAAACACUUGCAAGUGCAGUGCGAGAAGACGCACAUGCGAGUCAACAUCGAAUUCGACCGACCGUUCUACGGUGUUAUAUUCUCAAAAGGUUUCUAUAGCGAUCCUCAUUGCGUACACGUGAAACCCGGAACCGGCCAUCUGAGUGCCACGUUCGAAAUUCUUUUGAACAGUUGCGGUAUGACGUCUUCCGGCGGCAACGGAGCCGUAGCCGGUUAUGGAGGUACGCCCAGCGGCAGUUACGUCGAGAACACCAUCAUCAUCCAAUACGACCCGUACGUGCAAGAAGUUUGGGACCAGGCACGCAAAUUGCGGUGCACGUGGUACGAUUUUUACGAGAAGGCUGUGACGUUCCAACCGUUCCAAGUGGACAUGUUGCACGCGGUCACGGCCAACUUUUUGGGUGACAAUCUGCAGUGUUGGAUGCAGAUACAAGUGGGCAAGGGCCCGUGGGCGUCGGAGGUGUCGGGAAUCGUGAAAAUCGGACAGACCAUGACCAUGGUGUUGGCUAUCAAAGACGAGGAAAACAAGUUCGACAUGUUGGUGAGGAAUUGUGUGGCUCACGACGGAAAACGCACUCCCAUCCAGUUGGUCGACCACAACGGUUGCGUCAUCAGGCCCAAGAUCAUGUACAAGUUCCAGAAAAUUAAGAACUUCGGCCCGUCCGCGUCCGUCGUGUCGUUCACGUACUUCCAGGCGUUUAAGUUCCCCGACUCGAUGAACGUGCAUUUCCAGUGUGUCAUCCAGGUGUGCCGUCACCAUUGUCCAGAACCGAAAUGCCCCGGUGAUUACGCCCUGCCUGCCGCCCCCGCCGACAUCGGCGGCGAUUACAGCCAGAACUCCGUGCACCCCAACGAAUACGGACCAUCCCAGGUGGAUUACCCGGCUUACCCCGAUCCCAGAAACCCGUCCGGACCGGCCGGCGCUUACUCCGAACUGAAACCCGAAGUGGUUCUUCCGGCUUCGGCUUCAUCCACCGCUAGCCCGCCGCCCCAGAAGGUACCACAGACCGACGACUUGAACUUGCCGCCGCCUCCAUUGCCUGGACACGGAUCCUCUUACGCCACUGUCAAGCGUCAAGGUACUGUGGGUGACGACGAACAACACAUCAAUUUGAUAUCCCUGGGAGGCCGACCGCGUUCCGUCGACAUGUUCUCGGACAGCAAACAACGUCGCCGUCGUUCUACGGGCAACCCCGAACUGGAUGUUAACACCAGCCGUAUCAUUCAAGUAGUUGCGCCGGGCGACGUCAACUUUGCCCUGAACGUGCCGGUCACGAACAGCAGUAACAACGGCGGUGCCGACACCGUAGUCAUGUCCACCCGAUCCGGACUGGCCGCCGACAACGUUUGCAUCAGCGUGCCGAGUUUUGUCGCCGGACUGGCCAUGCUCCUUUCCGUGUUGGUCGUCGCCUGUCUAGUCGUCACGUUCCUGUUCUUGAGGGUGAGGUCCAUGAACAACGCCAAGGUGUGCGCUCCGGUACAAGGCCCUUACAUCCACGGGGCGGCUUUCGAGGCAGCCGAGUUCGUCAAAAUGGCUAGCUCGUAGGGCCCCUCCUUUGCUCUCCGUUUAUCAUUAAGACCCUUCCCCUUUACCAUGGAGCGCACACUCUGCUCCCACUCCGUUACGACGAGUGUGUCGUGUUUACUUAGGUAUUUACUAUUUACCGAUUAGCCGCCGUUCGACAUUAUUUACACCGCGGUCGCUUACGCCAUUCGGAUAAUAUUUUAACGUCACUGGCCUAUAAUUUAUUAUAAUGUCGACCAUACGUUUAAACUGAGUGAUUCUAGUUUACUCAAUUACCCUCCCUACUCUAAAAAAAAAAAAAAAAAACAAUAUGUUUGUACUUAGAAAACGAACCUAAAUUAUUAUUUAUUGGAUUUUUAUCUAUAUAUAUUUUUUAAAAUAAUUUUAAGCACAUCGCUACUGUAGUAAACAGUAUCAAAUGACGUACGGGCAAUGCUCGAAUUAUUUUGUUUCACGACCAAACAUUAACCGCCAAUAACAUGUUAAAGCAAUUAAUUCAAAUUAUAAAACUAUAUACCAUGUUAAGCCCAUAUAUUUAUAUGGGCUUAUUAUUGUAUAGUAAUAUAUUAUUAUUACGCAUCGUGUCGUUGAAAUACAUCUUCUUUACAAUUUAUAUUAUCAUGUACAUUGUUUCAUCCUUGUAAAUAUUAUAUAUUAUACAUAACAUAUUAGUCUUAACUAUAAAUAAUUAACUUUUAGAAUAAUAUAAUUAUAACGGCUGAAAUAAUGACCCCAUUUUAUAAUUAUUAUUAGAAUGAACAAUUAUUGUGUUUAAGAGAAUUAUAAGUCUAAACCAAUAUAUAGUGUACACACUUAAUUGAGUUGUGUUAGCCAAAGAUGUCUUCGAAAAUCGUAAUCAAAUUUGUCGAGUGAUCGAACUACGACUUACGUUACUUUACGUCUUGUUAAAUACCUAAAGCAGUUCUUAAAAAUGUCAUAAAAUUCCUGAUUGCUACGCCUUAUUUAUUUAAUUAACAUAAUAUAUUAUUGUCUAUUUUUAUAGUGAUCACGUGUAACAUUAUAUAAUUUUUUAUUGUAAUGACUUUAUUUCGGGUUUUCUGUAGUUGUUAAAUUCAAAAAUAAUGAAGAACAAUAUUAUUUUUGUGCUCAAACCUAUAAUUUAUGUAUUAUAUUAAUUAUUGUAUUGUAUUGAAUAAAAAUAAACAGAAAACAUUAAAAAUUA